UGGACUUCGUGGGCUCUUGCACCCGCACGCAGUCUCACGGCACCCUCGUCCUCGACGUGCUCAGCGGUCACCCCUCUCCACCACACCUCCGCACCGCGCUAUCCUUCCACCACCACUACCACCACCACCCCCGGCCCAGGUUUAUGGGCGAUUCCCGUCCCCGCGACUCAAACUCCCCAUAUCUCUAUAUCCAGCAUCCUUCCCACAUUCAUUCGGGACAGCGCCGGCCUGCUGAGUGCCCGCCCACCGUUGGGCCAUUUGCCGCCUCUCUGUCGCUUCAGCGCAGGUCACACGCAGCAACACAACAGCACCUCGACCAACAGCCCACUCUGCUGCUGCUGCAGCACCCCACGCUACAGCUGGUCCGCCUCGACGCCUUUCACCCCGACGCCGCCCUCGCCGCCUCGUUCCCAGCCGUCAUCGUGUCUCCGCAUUCACAGAGCCCGACUGCGGAGCGGGACCGACCUCGUCCCGCCGUGAAGAACCACCCCGCCAAUCUGACCAGGGCGCGCCAACAGCUCGAUGGGAAUAACGGCUCUCUGCACGGCGUUCAGCGUGGCGCACCGUCGAUGACCUCGAGCACCGCUGCUACUGCAACAAUGGGGCCUAGGCGCGAGGAGCCUGCAUCCUUCCCUCGAAGCCAACGACCGUCCAUAGUGUCGCAUCAUUCGAAUUCGGUCCCAUCCACCCCGCUUCAAUUCCCUCGCCAAUUCGAGACCCGGUCGAGAUCUCCGUCUCCCAAUGGCGGGCUAGGCAGUCACUCUCCGCGGUCCGUCUCGUCCGAGGCGAACGGCACUAUGGCCUCUCUGAGGAAGGGACCGCGGCAUCUAGGCAAGUGCCAAUACGAGACAAACGUUGCAUUUGGAAGGAGGCGCAUCCCUUACACAUCAUCGGAUAUUUUGGAGAAGGCAAAGGAAGAACCGAAGAAGGAGUUGGAUCCUCACGAGGACGAGAAGCUGAGUGGCGACAUGCGCGAACUCUACGACCGGUUAUUGCCGAGCGAGGAAAGCUCCAAUCGAAGACUUGUCUUUGUGAAGAAGUUGGAAAAUAUUCUCCUGAGCGAGUGGCCUGGGAAUGAGUUCAAGGUCCAUGUCUUUGGGUCGUCGGGAAAUUUGCUAUACACAAGCGAGAGUGAUGUUGACAUAUGUAUCCAAACACCCAUGACAAAGUUGGAAGAGAUGCAUUCGCUCGCUGAGGCGCUUGCAAAACACGGCAUGGAAAAAGUUGUCUGCGUGCCUCAGGCAAAAGUCCGAAUCGUCAAGAUUUGGGAUCCUGAGCUCGAGUUGGCAUGCGACAUGAACGUCAACAAUUUGCUCGCGCUAGAGAAUACGCGCAUGAUCAAGACCUAUGUCCAGAUUGAUGAUCGCGUUCGGGAAUUGGCUAUGAUCAUUAAAUACUGGACGAAGCAGCGUAUUCUCAACGAUGCUGCCCUUGGGGGGACCAUAAGCUCGUAUACCUGGAUAUGUAUGAUCUUGAAUUUUCUCCAGACACGCGAUCCUCCGAUCAUCCCCGCUCUCCACAAGCUACCAUAUCGCAAAAAUGACGAACGCACAAGCACGCCCUGCGACUCUGAUUUUGCCGAUGACCUCGACAAACUUCGCGGAUUCGGUGAAGACAACAAAGAAUCACUAGGUCAACUACUCUUCCAUUUUUUUCGGCGCUAUGGGCACGAGGUAGACUAUGAGAAGGACGUCAUUUCGGUGCGCGAGGGCAAGCUGAUCACAAGGGUCCAAAAGCGCUGGGACCUAGCAAGCCUUACCAAGGAGGCACGUAAUAGGUUAUGCGUCGAGGAGCCUUUCAACACGGAUCGGAACCUGGGUAACUCUGCCGACGAGUUUGCCUGGCGUGGAAUCCACCUCGAGAUCCGACGAGCAUUUGACCUGCUUGCUGACGGUGGGCAGCUCGAGAAGGCAUGCGAGCAGUACGAAUUCCCACCUGAGGAGAAGGUGGUGUUCAAGAAGCCUACGCCCGCCCCCAAGCCCACUCUGACUGCAAGCGCGCCGAGUGGGCGGGGUGGCCGUGGAGGGUCUGGUCAUCGUGGCGGAAGAGGCGGCUUCAACCAGAAGGGAAAUCAUGGUUACGGGAGAAGGGCAUCUAGCGGAGCGGCUUUUGGGGCGAAUCGACCGCCCUUUUUGAACAGUCCACCCAUAUCUGCAGCACCUGGCCAGGAAUACUUCCCCAGGGGGCUCAACGAGCAUCUGCAUGACCAGCUGUUCCAUCAAUAUCAGUUGCUAGAGAUACAGUCGAACUCUUUGCGAGCGCAACUUGCUGCCCAACAACGCGCCCAACAAGCACACCAGGUCCAGGCUGCCCAGAUCCAUGCCCACGCCGUUGCCCAAGCACAAGCCCAGGCGCAAAGCCGUGGCCAGAGUACGAAUGGUUCCCCGCAGAAAUCGCCAUAUAUAAAUGGGCGAUCGAGUCCUCGGCCGCAAGAAUUGGGCGUCCCUGCUAGUGCUCUUCCGCACACGUUCCUGUACCACUACCCGGGUUUCUUCGAACAACCGCAAGGAAGUGCAGCUGUGUCGCAGGAUGGUUCGAGGACAAAUCCUUCUUCGCCUUCGCUCACCAACAGCAUCCCAGGACUACGCCGAACCAUCCAUCGCUCUUCCAACGCCAGUGACACUGGAUCUAUUCGUUCACAGUCGCAGCCUGCCCGCGCUGUUCCGCAACAAACCCUGCCGCCAAGUUACAAUGCCAUACCACAAUACUUCGACCCUUCUGCAUUCGCGGCCGGGUAUCCCAUAGCCCGCUCUACGCAGGAGGUAGCAACCCCACAGCUAGCACCUGAAGCGCCUUAUAGCCCACUAUCUAAUUUUCCCGAGCCCGCCAUCCCUUCUGACCACGGUACACCGAAGGAGUAUGUUGGCUACUACGUAGCAGAGCAACCACAGCCACGUCCAGCCCUUCAAGAUUACAGUGUUCCUCAAAUCCCUUCGUAUAACGAGAUUACGCAACGUCGUAGGCGCGUUUCUCCUGAAAUAACACAACCCCUUCUAAACACUGCUUUGAGACGGGUUUCGCGAUCGCCUUCGCCAUUAGGAGGUCACGUCCGCAGCUACUCAACUGGUGUUACUCCUCCUAAUGGUGCGAAGGCACAACAGCGCAAGGACCAUAGAGACUCUACGCAGCCACCGGAUGACGGGAGCCCGGUGAUUGUAAAUGGGUCUUUCCCCGCGCAACCACGUGAGUCAAGGAACCGAAGCGAAACUGUUGAUGCUCUUCCUUCUACUUUGGAUGUAGCUAAUCCGAGCGCGCUUGGUAUCUAUGUCAAUACUGCAGAUCAGUACCGCAUGACUCCAAAAGAGCAACGCCAGCAGUUCAUCCUCGACGAGAUUCAGCGUCAGAAAGGAUUAGAGAUGCUCAGGGCUAACAUAGCGAACGGUUCAGGAAGCAACACAUCUCCAACGGAUACAAAUGGCCUGUCGCGAGUCCCUAGUGUAAGUAAGCAGCCGUUCCCGACGUUGCCAGAGUCUUGGAUGAACUACGACUCCACGGACGGCGAGAAAAACAAUCGCUCGACCGAUAUUUCUCCAACAAGGACACAGCCCCCGCAGUGGCGGACUCAAUAUGGGAAUGGUCUUAGCCCAUUGGAUACACUAAACGUCUCGCGUGCACCCCCUCAAGAAGUGAAGUCGGCAACUCUACCCUUGCUUUCGCCGGUGUUCGAAACGCGAACGCCAUCUCCAACUGCCAGUCGCCAGUCGGACGCCAAGCUUGUCAAUGGUAACAAGUCGCAAUCGAAAGAGCAGCAUCAACAGCAACGACGAGCGUCGCAUACCCCUGGACAAGCAUCGUCGAAGGAGAACAGCCGUGGCAACCCGCAAAAAGGAAACGUGCAACUGAGCGACAAGGGGAACAAGUCAAAUGGAGGAAAUACCAAUUCCAAUGGAUCGUGGCAGCAGCAAGCAACUCAAAAGAGAAGAAAGAAACAGAACAAGCCUAAGCAAGGGAAUGAAGCCAAGAAUGUGGGCGAACCACUCCCCGCAAGCGCAGCCGAUCGGAAAGGCGGUUAGAUAUUGACACCUCACCGUCCGCCAAGCCAAUCUUCUUGGGGUUCUUGGCCCAACUGUUUUCACUCGUUGCUGCUCUUGGUCUAGGUUUUGGAUAUGCCGUUCACGGCGAGGUAUUGAGUUUGCCCAAUCCGCUCCCUUGGAUCUUCUGGUA